AUGGUAAUAAACCAAGAUAUCAGGCGAGAAGAGAUUAUAUUCUCUCCUGUAUCGUAUACGAACGAAACCAUUUCUUCUGACAACGACACCACUUCAUUGACUGCCAUCAAGAGCGCUAGCAGUGUUAGCAGUGAACUUAUUUUUGGAUUUUUCAGUUAUUGGCACGAUGUCGAGUACAUGCCAUCUUCCCACAAGAAUGAAAAGGGAAUCAUCAACAUGGUGACAGAAAUCCCAAUGUACGUGGCUGCCAAGAUGGAAGUCGACAAGAGCACUCCCGGCAAUCCAAUCAUUCAAGUUUCCAACAAGGAUGGGUCUCCUCGCUAUUACACAUACGGCACAACGUUCUUCAACUACGGACUUGCUCCUCAAACGUGGGAAGAUCCUGAUUUGAAGACAGGCGGUUUUGGUGGUGACAAUGACCCGAUCGAUGUUAUGGAACUUGGAAGCACUCCAUUGAAGAUGGGAAGUGUGACACCUUGCCGUGUCUUGGGAUCCUUGGAAUUGAUCGAUGAAGGUGAAAUGGAUCACAAGAUUCUGUGCAUUGCUCUAUCGGAUCCCGACUCAUCUCGGAUUCACAAUAUGGACGAUUUGGAAACCAUCAAGCCUGGAACCAUUGCCAAGAUUGUUCAUUGGUGGAAGUAUUACAAGACGAGCGAUGGCAAGGCUGUAAACUCCUUGGGUUCGGAAACGCCUCGAACAGUGGAUCAAGCGUUGCAAGUGUUGGAAGAAGUCCACCAAAGAUGGCGCAGUCUUUGUGGAUUGGAUGGUACCCGCCGCACCGCUUUGAGCAGUCACACUGAUGGAUUUUGGUUGGCCAGUCGAGGAUGUCGGAAAUAG